UUCACCAAACGCUCACUUUCCCACUUAAUCCUAGUUUAUUAUUUUAAUUUACUUUCCUCCCAUCUCCCGCUGCCUAAUUAAAUUCCCAUGGAUUCCCUCAGAAAAUCAUUCAAGUCCUAUUAUUCCUACAAACAUCCCAGAAAGAUCUCCGCGGGCACUGACGCCGACUCCGACCACGAGCAGCUUCCCAUUCUCCUGGAUCAAGAAACUCCCGACCAUCAUCCUCCUCGUCACCUCACUGCUCCAUCAUCCAUGACCUCUGCUACUCCCCCACAUCGCCCCGAGGUUGUCCUUAAAAUCGACGAAGGCGACUCCAGAGGUCCCGCAGUUCAACAGGGUGGCAAGAUUUGGAGAGAAUCUAGCUAUGACUUCUGGAACAAUGGAGACGUGAGCAAGAGUGCCAGCGAUGGGAGUGCUGGCGCUAGUACUAGCGGUAAUGACGCGGAUAGCUUUGAUUUCCGGCAUCGUGAGCAGGGUUCUGAGGAUCCACCUUCCAUGCUCAUUGGUAAGUUCUUGCACAAACAGAAAGCGUCUGGUGACAUGUCGCUGGAUAUGGAUUUAGAAAUGGAGGAGUUCCAGCACGACUACAAAUUGCCUCCGGUGGAAGAGUCUCCGCAGCUCAAUCGCGUUUCCAAGGACCUCAAAGUCUCGUUUGAGGACCCCACUUCCAAUGUUGUUGAGGCGGCAACUGAAACCUUCAGACGAAGGCACAAGGACUCGCCGGGUCACACCGAAGUUCAUAAAUCGCCGCAACGUGGUUCGCCGGGUGUCGCUCAAAGUGGUAAUGCUGGUGCCGGAGAUGGCGAGGUGGUGAGAUGUACCUCCAACGCCUCUUACGAAAGGAAUCUUUCUUUGCAGAGGAAAUCUGCUUUGCUGAAGACCAGAAAUAAGUCAAGAUUGUUGGACCCGCCGGACCAGCCGGAACGAAAGUCUGGUCGAGUGGCAAAGUCAGGGCAAAUGUUAUCGACGAUGUUAGGGAAGAAAGGGGAGGACGAGGAAGACGACCCAUUUUUCGAAGAGGACGUGCCGGAUGAGUUGAAAAGGACCCACUUUAGCAUAUGGGUUCUGCUUGAAUGGUUGAGUUUGAUUUUGAUUGUUGCUGCGCUAGCAUGCACGCUGAGUAUCCCAGUUUUGAGGAAUAAGAUUCUCUGGAAGCUCCGGUUAUGGAAAUGGGAGGUGAUGAUCCUGGUUCUAAUUUGUGGUCGGUUGGUUUCUGAUUGGGUAAUUCGAAUUUUAGUGUUCUUUAUCGAAAGAAAUUUCCUUUUGCGGAAGAGAGUCCUCUAUUUUGUAUAUGGUGUGAGGAAGGCAGUUCAAAAUUGUCUAUGGUUGGGAUUUGUUUUGAUUGCUUGGCAUCUGUUAUUCGAUAAGAAGGUUGAGAGGGAGACUAGAGGCAGCAACGCCCUUCAAUAUGUCACGAAGGUCUUGGUCUGUUUCUUGGUGGGCACUUUGGUGUGGUUGGCAAAAACUCUUGUGGUUAAGGUUAUGGCUUCCUCCUUCUAUACAAGCACAUACUUUGAUAGGAUUCAGGAAUCACUGUUUAAUCAAUUUGUGAUCGAAACACUGUCGGGGCCACCUCUGAUCGAAAUCCAGAAGUCAGAGGAAGAGGAACAAAAACUUGCUGAUGAGGUUCAGAAACUGCAGAAUGCUGGGGUUAACAUUCCCCCUGAGCUUAGGGCAACUGCCUUCUCCACAACCAAGAGUCCAAGGGCAGCUACCUUCUCUAGAACUAAGAGUCCAGGGGCGACGAAAAGCGGAAUGCUCCAGAAAAGCCCCCGUCUUAUAAGUGGAAAGUUUUCUCGUCCACUCUCCCAUAAGUCAGAUGAUGGGAUUACUAUUGAUCACCUGCAUAAGCUGAAUCCGAAAAAUGUCUCCGCUUGGAAUAUGAAAAGGUUAAUGAAUAUGGUCCGGCACGGCACUCUUUCUACACUGGAUGAGCAGAUACUUGAUUCAGCUCAAGAUGAUGAAAAUGCUACACAAAUUAGAAGUGAAAAUGAGGCAAAAGCUGCGGCAAAGAAAAUAUUUCAGAAUGUUGCCAGGCGGGGUUGCAGGUUCAUUUACCUGGAGGAUUUGAUGCGUUUUAUGCGGGAAGAUGAAGCCGAGAAAACCAUGGAUCUCUUUGAAGGAGCAUCUGAGUCGGGGAAGAUCAGCAAAUCUUCCUUGAAGAACUGGGUGGUUAAUGCCUUCAGAGAGAGGAGAGCGCUUGCUUUGACACUGACUGAUACCAAAACCGCAGUGAACAAACUUCAUCGAAUACUCAAUUUUAUAGUUGGCAUCAUCAUACUAGUUAUUUGGCUAUUAAUACUGGGAAUUGCCAGCACCAAAUUGCUUCUCUUUGUGAGCUCACAGCUUGUCUUGGUUGCUUUUGUAUUUGGAAAUACCUGCAAGACGGUAUUUGAAGCAAUUAUUUUCUUAUUUGUCAUGCACCCAUUUGAUGUGGGAGAUAGGUGUGAAAUCGAUGGGAUCCAGAUGGUUGUGGAAGAAAUGAAUAUUCUGACAACCAUAUUUUUAAGAUAUGACAAUCAAAAAAUAAUCAUCCCCAACAGCGUCCUUGCUACUAAGGCCAUACAUAAUUUCUACCGGAGUCCUGAAAUGGGAGAUGCUAUUGAUUUCUUUGUGCACGUGUCCACCCCAGCUGAAAAGAUUGCCCUCAUGAAACAAAGAAUACAUAGCUUCAUCGACAACAAGAAGGAGCACUGGUAUCCUCAAGCUUUUAUAGUCUUCAGGGAUCUGGAGCAAUUAAACAUGAUAAGGAUCUCGAUUUGGCCAACUCAUAGAAUGAACCACCAAGACAUGGGAGAAAGGUUUGUCAGAAGAUCCCUUCUGAUUGAAGAGCUGCUCAGGAUAUUCCGUGAGCUUGACAUCCAGUAUCGUCUUCUUCCUCUUGAUAUUAACGUUAGAAGCAUGCCUACCACUUCUGAACGGCUUCCACCUAGUUGGGCCACAAUCACAAGUUGACUAGUAGGAGGAACCUGAGCUGGGGAGUGUUGUUCAGCAGGAUAGGAUUAAAGAAAGUGGGGUUUUCCGGUUAUUAAUUAUACUGUAUAUUAGUUUACGGAGCUCAUAAUAUGGAUCUUGGGCGAUUUUUCAUGCCGCCUUCCUUGUUCGCUCGUCCCAAGGCCAUGAUUAGUGGGAUGGUUUUAUCUUUCUAGGACCACGGAAGGAAAAAGGAGAGAGAAAGAUGCUUCUAUGAAAAAUAUAAAUUUUUGGGCCAAAAAUGUAUUUGACUGACGGAAAGAAAUAUUCUUUUGUAUUCGGAUCUUGAAAUGAAAAAAUUAAGAAUGGAAAUCAAUAUAAUGUGAUCAAAUGACAUGAAUUUCUUACAAAAA